UUAACAAUUGAAAAGCUAUUAUGAAAAAGUAAAAACGGUUUUAAUGAUGUUUUCCUGGGAAAGAGGAGAGCUUUAGCCAUUAGAGCAUAGGGGCAGCCGGGCAGGAGCCAGGGCCCCUGAGGGCCCCCUCCUGUCUGCUCCUGAGGCUGUAUCUGGGGAUGACGACAAUGUACUGUCAAGCUGAGCCAUAAAGCUGCCCCACCCAUCACCCUGAACAGAGGGAGAGAAAGAGACAGAGAUUGAAUACAUACAUACAUAGAGAGAGGAGUUGGUCAAGCUCUAACAUCAUUUGGACAUCAAACAAUGGACUCUAACGUGACUAUUGUGACACCAGCCUACUUUAUUAUAAGUGGCUUUUCAGGCAUCCCUCAUGUUAACUACUACUAUUUAUUUUUAUUGGUGCUCUUCAUCUUGUCAGUGGUGGAAAACAGCGUAGUGAUGGCCUUGAUAUGCUUCGACCAGAGUCUCAAGACUCCAAAGUAUAUUGCUGUGUUUAACUUGGCGUUUGUAGAUGUGCUUGGCAACUCCGCCCUGGUGCCCAAGGUUAUCGACACAUUCUGGUUCGACCACAAUUACAUCUCGUACAGAAACUGCUUAACCUAUUCGUUUUUUUAUUAUGUGCUCCUCACCAUGCAGUCUCUUAAUCUGGCUUUACUCUCCUUUGACAGGCUAAUAGCCAUCACCUUUCCAUUGCGCUAUCAGAUCAUUGUGAGUCUGAAGACCAUGUUCUCACUGGUAGCUGCUUCCUGGAUUAUCUCCAUCUUUAACAUGUUAGUAGCUGUAGGGCUUCUUAUCCGGCUGUCCUUCUGCAGGUCUGUUGUUAUCAACAGCUAUUUCUGUGACUAUGGGCCGCUCUAUCGACUCGCCUGCAAUGACAAUCGGCCUAAUUUCAUUAUUGCCAAAGUGUUACCAGCUAUCAUUCUUUGGGUUCCAUUGAUGUUUGUCUUGAUCAGUUACAUGUGCAUUGGCACCACUUUGGCCAAAAUAGCUGGAGCCCAGGAUAGAAUGAAGGCUUUCAAAACAUGUAGUGCUCACAUAAUUUUGGUGGCAAUUUAUUACUUACCUAUUCUAUUCACUGUCACAUUUGACACUCAAAUGCCUCGCAAUGCAAGGAUCAUUAGUCUUUCUCUUGCAGCUGUCCUACCUCCAGCGUUGAACCCACUCAUUUAUGUUCUGCAGACUCAGGAAAUCAAACAAUCUCUGAAAAGGGUGCUCGCAAAAUUGAAGCAUUCAAAAAUUGCUGUCAAAUAGAUUAUCCAUAUGUGAUGUUAAAUAUAAGAUAUUGUGUUGUAGUGUCAAAUCUUAGAUUGGUUCCAUUGUUAAAUGUUUGGAUUAUGUUAUCGACUUCGACAAUAUUAAUUGUUCCAGGUUAUAUAUAUCACUACCAUCUGAGGGAAUUGUUUUGUUUGGCAAAGCAUUUUUCACCGUAAUCAGAACAAUAAUCAGGUUUGUGAUUUUGGCAACAAACACUAUGCAUUGUGUUCUCAGUGAUUUUUUAUUUUGUUACUAAAGACACUUCCUCAACCCAUUUCAUUUUGAGAAAUAAAUCCAUUGUAUUGUUGUACGAUGUGACCAAAAGUUUAAAUAUGAUUUAAAAUGAUGCAGUCUAUUCUUAUGCUAAACAUGGUGUGAGUCAUUCAAAUUUUGACAGCAAUACCAUGCUCACUGUUCUAUGCGUUGCAGAGAUGAAUAUCAAGAUACCUCCAUUACAUCUGUAAUCUUUCCAUGAAUCAACAUCAGCAUACUUUCCUUUAUAUUUAUAUACAAAUAUAUGGACCCUGCAAAUGAACAGGUUGAUGAUCCAAAAGGAUAUUGUUUAAUUGUCAUAUUUUCUAACCGUACCUUCAUGUUUUAGCUUCAUGUCACUUUAUGAACUCUAUCCAUGUGCCAGCUUUAAUAUUCAUCCAUUUUGCAUAUGCAGGCAUAGAUAUAUCAUUGGCGGAGGUGUUCAUGAGUAGGGUUCUUUACUUGGUUCUGGGUUGAUACGAUUUUGUAUAUUCAAUGUGUUUUGGUUACAUUUAAAAUAGGAUGGUACAUAUUCUGUGAAAGUAAUAUUGUGCAAAAAUACAACUAAACCAAAUAAAUGAAUGAAAUACUUGUAACGUGUUGAUGUUUAUUUGUGUAUCAAAAGUUGGUGAACACAAUAUCCUUAUCUUAGGCACGAGUCUUUCUUAACAAAAUCAAUUUAGGCAAGACCCGUCCUACUCUGCCUCUGAUUGUCUUGGGUUUUCGUGUUCUGCAGUCUUCAACCAAUUAACUACAAUGUCUUCCAUUUGCAGUAGUUAUGAAGGUUGUGAGAAAAUGUAGUUUUGAAAAAGUAUUUGUUGCUGAACCUAACCAAAUAGUUGUGAUGCCAUUCAUCCACCACGACCUUAACCUCACCAAGUCGUUGCUUGAACCUAACCAAGUUCUAAAUAAUAUCUAAAUGAAAUCCCGUCUCCUGGAUGAAAGGGUUUUUCCAACCAGCCAAUGCAUGGAUGGAACAGGGCCUUGGCUCAGACAUCAGAACUCUUUAGAGCGGGAUGCCCAUCAGAAGCCCUCCUGAGCAGGGCCGUGCAUGGACACCGUGGGGGGGGGUAGUGCGAGGUCAACGACCCCCCUGUCAUAAUGAUUACUGAUAAAGUGUGCUGAGGAGAACCUUAGCCAAUGAGGGUACAGGGGCCGGAGCCCGGGCCCCUGAGGCCCCCCUCCCAUCUGCUCCUG